UCCCUUCACACACACUCACUUGUGGUCACGUGCAUAAGCGCUCUGCGAGGCAGCUCCGCUCUCAAGCGCAUCAGUAGUGCACCGAGCCAAGCAGCGAGAAGGACGUGCCGCACAGCUUCCGUCCUCAACCAGAGAGAAGUGCCGCGCAGGGGGAAGAAAAAAGACGGCUCAUCCUGAAUCAGAGGACUAUGUGCGGGUCAUCCCUUUGGCUCAAGAAGUGAGGACCCCGUCAUGCACUCAGCCGGGGACAACUAACUCAGCAGCAUGAGUCACCACAGGGGUGAUUCAGUGACUUGGUGGGGCGAAGCCCGUUAAACUCGCCCAACAGUUUGUCACCCGUCUAGGAUUUACUAAGAGAGGCUGGAUUCCGAGAGGUCGGAUCUCGAGAACCUGCCGGGGAUGAGCAAGGGGCGCGUCCCCACUCCGUGACGCUCCGGGCUGCGGCCCCCGUCAUGCGUGUCCCCCGUCAGCCUGGCGCCCAUUCCCUGCGGCUCCUGUCCCUCUUGGUCUUCGUGAUGGGGGCGGCACCCUCGCCAGCUCUGACGGCCGGCUGUCCUGACAGGUGCGUGUGCGACGACCAGCUGGUGGUCCAGUGUGCCGGGCAGGAGCUAACCCAGUUCCCUGCCGAUCUUCCACUGGCCACCCGGCAGCUCAUCAUCUCCAACAACCGUAUCGGGGACCUGCCGGCGUUGCAGCUCAAUUACCUAUCUGACCUGGUUUACCUGGACUGCAGCAACAACUCUCUAACGGAGAUCUCAGAGUCCACCUUUGGGAACCUGCGCAAACUGGCCUACCUGGACCUGUCAUUCAACGCCUUGCUGCAAAUUGAGGAGCGGACUUUCGGCCCCCUGGCAUCUCUGGUCAUGCUGCGGUUGACAGACAACCCUGGUCUCGGUGAGAUACACGCUGACGCCUUUGCAGAGAACCCGGCCCUGCAGGUUCUGGACGUGAGCCGGAACAAUCUGACAACUCUCAACAUCAGUGGUCUGAUUGGACUGCCGGCCCUCCGGUCACUGGGACUCAGUGGGAAUCCAUGGAGGUGCGACUGCGACACGGAGGACCUCUGCCUUUGGGUCCAGAUUGAGAGCUUCAAGUUCCAAGAUGAGGGCCAAACGGUGUGCCACAGCCCGGCAGAGUGGGCGGGACGGCGUCUGGCCGAGGUGGGCAUGCAGCUGCGGGCAGACUGCCACCAGGGCCUGGGCUACUGGGACUACCUCUUCUUCGUGGCUAUCGGCUUCAUCAUCUUCUCGGCGGGCACGGUGUCGGCGUGGGUGAUGGGCGUGCUCAUGGUGCUGUACGAGCGCUACAGCAAACGUAAAAGCGAGGAGCUGGACGGCGAUGAUGACGACACCAAGGGGGGCGGUGGGAGCAAGCAGGGAAACGGAGACGUGGGCAAGCCCGGUGUGCAGGUCUGAUGCCGCCGAUGACUCUCAGACCAAAGACUCUAUGACUAUGAGCGGAUCUCGUACUCUGGAUGUGUUCGGAAUGACUCCCUAGUCACUAUAAAGUGCCCUUUAGUGAGUACAAGUUAUGCUUACCUAUAUAUAAUGCACCAGUAGUAUCCCACAAUAUAUCAGGACACAAACGCUGGUUGCUAAAAACAUGAUGCAGUCAAAAAGAAGUAACAUCUGUGAGAAAUUUGAGAGCCCCUAAAAUGUUUAUACUGUACUAUAAAUGCCUUAAGAUGUCACAAAAAUUGCAGUCGGGCACUACUAAUGAAGCUCCUCAACUAACGUCAACUUACUUCCUAAAUAAAAUUUAUAUUAUUUAUUUAUUUUAUCAUUUUAAAAGUACAAAUAUGCUAAAGAAAUACUGUAUAGUGAUUAGGGAAUGUGCGCACAAUUCCGAAUGCAGCCUUUGUUAUUGUUGACAUAAACUUCAACACAAUGUGAGUGUUAUGUGCGGGAGUUCACGUGGAUGUCUGUAUGUGUGUGUCUAAGCCAGGAGAUCAACUUUAUGCCUUCGCCUCAAGAUAGGGAAAAACCCAAAAGAUUAUUGAGAGCAAUAACCCCCUGCGCACACAUCCACACACCAGUCUCUUGGGAAUUUAGUAGGAUUUCCUACAUAAAAGAGCACAUUUUUUAUUAAAAAAAAUAAUUUGAUACAACUAUGUUAUACAGUGGUACAUCUAUAAACGAAAAACCUUGUUUGUAAGUCGAAAUGGUCGUAUGUCGAGCAUUAUUUUCCCAUAACAAUACAUUAAUUCGUUCCACAGCCUGAAAACCUACACUAAAUCCUGAAUAAAUACUGCUGGUACUAUUACAAAUGGCAAUUACACAUGGCAAAACAAAUAAAUUAUCAAUAAAAAUCGGAAUAAUAUUAUAAUAAUUCCUGUAAUAAUGUAACUAAUAAUGUGAAUGUAAACUAAUAAUAAACUAACUAAUAAUGUAACUAAUCUUUAGAAAGAGGCAUCGAGUUAUUUUAUAAUGUAUGAUUUUUAAUUUUACGAUUUUUUUAAAGCUCAAUCAUUAGAUUUAUCUUGUUUGCGUUUUAAGAUUUUCUUGAAUUUCGUCUCAUUCAAUGUGAUAUUACAUUAUGUCCUAUAACAACAAAGAUAGAAAAACCCUCGUAACUGGUGGUUUUCCAAAAAUUGUCUUUAUAGACCGUUUAAUCUACAAAUAUGCCAUUAACAAUCCAAAAACACAUUCAUGAGUUCAAACUCAUUUUACAUGACUUGAUUUCAGAAUAAAUGGCUGAAUUAUUGUUUGAUUAACAAAAAAUACACUGGCAGUGAACCUACAGUCAUGUGAAAAAAUUAGGACACCCCAUUGAAUAUUCAGUUCUUUUUUAAGAAAUGUUCACAUAUCAAUGUCUGAUGUUGUUUUUCUUUAUCUCUGGAAAAGAAAGUGAUUUAAUUGCAGGUAAACAACCACAAUUUACAUUGUUUUAUUCAUUAAACCAAAUAUGGUAUAUAAACAAAAAUGAAUAUUCUAACUGAGGAAAUUGUUAGGACACCCUACCACCUAAAAGCUAGUGUUAACCCCUUUGGCUGAAAUAACUUCAGUGAGACGCUUUUUGUCAUCAACCAGUCUUUGACAUCGGUCUGAAGAAAGUUUGGCCCACUCCUCAACGCAGAAUACUUUCAGCUGUGAGAUGUUUCAGGGGUUUCUUGCAUGUACAACUCGUUUCAAGUCACCCCACAGCAGCUCAAUGGGAUUAAGAUCUUGGCUUUGACUCGGCCAUUUCAGGACUCUCCAUUUCUUCCUUUUCAGCCAGUCCUUGGUGGAUUUACUGGUAUGUUUUGGGUCAUUGUUAUGUUCUUGGUCCAGUUUCGCUUCAGCCUUAUUUUUUUUACAAAUGAUCUCACAUGUUCGUCAAGCACCCUCUGAUACACGAUAGAAUUCAUGGUGAAUUCUAUGAUGGUGAGCUGGUCAGGUCCUGCUGUAGCAAAGCAUCCCCAAACCAUAACACUUCCACUUCCAUGCUUCACAGUUAGUAUAAAAUUAUUUUCCUGGAAUGCUGGAUUGGGUUAACACCAAACACGUUCUCUGUUCUGGUGUCCAAAUAAUUCAGUUUUAGAUUCAUCUGUCCAAAGAACAUUAUUCUAGAGGUCCUAGCCUUUGGCUGCAUUCACUUUGGCAAACUUCAGUCUGGCCUUCAUGCUCUUCUUGGACAACAAAGGUUUCCUCCUUGCACACCUCCCAUGAAAGUUAAACUUGUGAAGUCUCUUUCUGAUUGUAGAGGCAUGCACGCUCACAUCAACAGUAGCAAGAGCCUGCUUUUGGACCCGUGAUUACAUUUUAGGGUUUUUGGAGACUUCUUUUAACAUCUUGCGGACCUGGGCAUGUUGGCAGUUGUUUUGAAUGUCUUCCACUUGAAGACUAUUUUCCGGACAGUAGAAUGGCUGAUUUUAUAUUCUUUUGAGAUCUUUUGAAAUCCCUUAUCAGACUCAGAAGUGUCUACAAUCUUCUUUCCUGGUGCCUCAGACAGCUCCUUUGAUCUCACCAUGGUGUUUUCUUUCACUUCAACAGUCAGGGGCACACCAAACUAAAUGUAAAGUUUAAAUAAGGCAAGCCUACUUCAAAACACUGGGUAAUGAUGUUCUCAUCAUGUGCGCCUGAUGUGAUGCCCCUGUGUGUGAUUUUAGACAUUUUGAGUGGGAUUGAAUGUGGGGGUGUCCUAAUUUAUUCCUCAACAGAAAUUGCAUUGAUUCAAUUUCAAUUUUCAAUUUCAAUUUUAUUUGUAUAGCCCUAUACCACAACAAGGUUGUCUUAGACAGUGAGUUGUCUCAGACACUGUGGGAUAAGAUGGCCCCAAACCAUUAAUGGUCUUAAAUGUAAGAAGGAGGAUUUUAAAUUUAAUUCUAAACUCGACUGGAAGCCAGUGAAGGGCUUGGAGCACAGGAAUGAUGUGCUCUCUUCUGUUAAUUCCUGUUAAAAGUCUUGCUGCUGCAUUCUGGACUGGCUGAAGACCUUUUAGGGAACUUUUAGGACAAGCUGCGAGUAAGGAGAUACAAUAAUCCAAUCUAGAGGUAACGAACGCGUGAAUUAAUUUUUCUGCAUCGUUUUUAGACAGAAUAUUUCUAAUUUUGGCUAUGUUGAGCAGGUGAAAAAAGGCUGUUCUGCAAGUUUGUUUAAUAUGAACUUUAAAUGAUAGGUCUGGGUCAAAUAGAACUCCUAGAUUUUUAACUGUGGUGCUGGAGGCUACAGUCACAUUGUCCAGAGUUACUAUCUGGGCAGUUAGAGAGUCUCUCAAACUUUUAGGGCCUAUUGUAUGGACUUCUGUCAAUUCAAAAUUACAUUUUACAGAAAGUUAAAAAAAAAAAAAAAAAAAAAAAAUCAAUUUUAAUUGUUUAGUUCAAUUACUUGAAUCUCUAAAGAUUGUUAAAACUGGUAUUAAAUAUGGAUAUGAUCAAAUAUGUUAGAAAACACUCAUGCUUCCAUAGGGUGUCCUAAUUUUUUCACAUGACUGUACACUACUCCAAACCUCCGGGGGUUUACUUUCAUAAAAUAUCCUACUAAAUUCCCAUGUGAACACACUUUUGUCUCACUGGCUUGACACUUGGCAACACUUGAGCCAGGCUAACAAGACAUUUGAAUAAUGCACACAUUCAUUAGUUUCAACUAGUACACUCUUUGCCCUCACUGCUAAAGUCAUUGCACUAGUAAAACGACCUUGUCUUACUUUACUAGCCAUCUUCUCUUUCCACUAAUAUUGUAUUCAAUCAAACCUGACUUGUAAACGUCUGUGCUGCCUGAGUCAUAAACCAAGGCCCAAAUCUGAAUAUCUUUUAGUGAGGACUAAGAGCGUACUAGUACAAAAUCAAGGAGAUCCAAUAAAUGCUCAAACGACUUGCCAUAGUGCUGCACUAGUAAACCUGCUAGAUCACACUAGUAGCCUCCUGAAGUACCAAAAUGCUUCACUGGUAAAACUUAGUAGUAGUCCUACUAGUAUGCCAAAGUUCUAAUAUGCAGAAAGGUCAUGCGAUAGUCAAUUAAAUACGUCUGUGGGACACAGUAGUUCUACAUGUUUGCUGAAUAGUCUUACAACAACCUCUGGUAAGAAUCAUGAAAUCACCAGUCAAGUAGGAUGUUCAAUCAGUUGUUUUAUUGUGUGGGGAAAAAAAGCCAAUUAUAGCCACAAAAAGACAUUUUAAACGGCAACUUUCUGACUUUAUGAAACACAAAAAGAAAUCGAGAGAAAUAAUUGUGGUAGUCAGGUUUAGUUUUUCCGAGAACAAUUUUAGAAUCACUCAAUUGUAGGGCUGCAGCUAUCGAAUAUUUUAGUAUCAGAGUAUUGUACUGAAAUUUCCAUCAAUUAAUCGAGUAAUCAGAUAAAACUUUUUUUAAAGGUAAAGAGCAAUUAUAAAUACUGUAUAUAGUCAACCACUAAUUGUGCAAGUUCUCCCACUUGAAAAUAUUAGAGGCCUGUAAUUGUCAACAUGGGUAAACCUCAACCAUGAGAGACAGAAUGUGGAAAAAAAACAAAAUCACAGUGUUUGAUUUUUCAAGAAUUUAUUUGCAAAUCAUGGUAGAAAAUAAGUAUUUGGUCAAUACCAAAAGUUCAUCUCAAUACUUUGUUAUGUACCCUUUGUUGGCAAUAACGGAGGCCAAACGUUUUCUGUAACUCUUCACAAGCUUUUCACACACUGUUGCUGGUAUUUUGGCCCAUUACUCCAUGCAGAUCUCCUCUACAGCAGUGAUGUUUUGGGGCUGUCGUUGGGCAACACGGACUCCCUCAACUCCCUCCACAGAUCUUCUAUGGGGUUGAGAUCUGGAGACUGGCUCAGCCACUCCAGGACCUUGAAAUGCUUCUUACGAAGCCACUCCUUUGUUGCCCUGGCUGUGUGUUUGGGAUCAUUGUCAUGCUGAAAGACCUAGCCACGUCUCAUCUUCAAUGCCCUUGCUGAUGGAAGGAGAUUUUCACUCAAAAUCUCUCGAUACAUGGCCCCAUUCAUUCUUUCCUUUACACAGAUCAGUCGUCCUGGUCCCUUUGCAGAAAAAACGCCCCAAAGCAUGAUGUUUCCACCCCCAUGCUUCACAGUGGGUAUGGUGUUCUUCGGAUGCAAUUCAGUAUUCUUUCUCCUCUAAACACGAGAACCUGUGUUUCUAACAAAAAGUUCUAUUUUGUUUUCAUCUGACCAUAACACAUUCUCACAGUCCUCUUCUGGAUCAUCCAAAUGCUCUCUAGCGAACCGCAGACGGGCCUGGACGUGUACUGUUUCUUAAGUAGGGGGACACGUCUGGUAGUGCAGGAUUUGAGUCCCUGGCGGCGCAUUGUGUUACUGAUAGUAGCCUUUGUUACUGUUGUCCCAGCUCUCUGUAGGUCAUUCAAUAGGUCCCCCCGUGUGGUUCUGGGAUUUUUGCUCACCAUUCUUGUUAUCAUUUUGACACCAUGGGGUGAGAUCUUGCAUGGAGCCCCAGAUCGAGGGAGAUUAUCAGUGGUCUUGUAUGUCUUCCAUUUUCUAAUAAUUGCUCCCACAGUUGAUUUCUUUACACCAAGCGUUUUACCUAUUGCAGAUUCAGUCUUCCCAGCGUGGUGCAGGUCUACAAUUUUGUCUAUGGUGUCCUUCGACAGCUCUUUGGUCUUGGCCAUAGUGGAGUUUGGAGUGUGACUGACUGAGAUUGUGGACAGGUGUCUUUUAUACCGAUAAUGAGUUAGAACAGCUGCCAUUAAUACAGGUAAUGAGUGGAGCCUCGUUAGAC